UAAUAAAUUAAGAUAAUGAUAAUAUCUCGGAGCCGAAGUUUAUACAACUCUGUGCGCUCAAUAGCGAUACACUUUCACCCCGCCGCAAACAUUCAAAGCGCAAUCGUUUCGAAAUCGAUCAAUGCCAUUGCCAGUCGAGGCAGUAGUGUCGCCGGAUUUGCCAGUGCUACUUCGUCAGCGAAUACAAGGAAAAUGGCUGAUAAAUUAACUCAAGAGAACCGUGAUACACAACUUAAUCCAUUGCUAAAAGCGGGAUGGAAGGUACAAAGCAACAGAGAUGCUAUUGAAAAGGAAUUCCAAUUCAAAAACUUCAAUGAAGCUUUCGCAUUUAUGACCAGAGUUGCUCUGCUUGCUGAGAAAAUGGAUCACCACCCAGAGUGGUUCAAUGUUUACAAUAAAGUACAGGUGACACUCUCAUCUCAUGAUGUUAAUGGCCUCAGUCAAAGAGAUAUCAAGAUGGCAACAUUCAUGGAUAAAAUUAUGAACUAAUGGUAUGGAUGGACAGGACCAGAGAAUUUAUUUAAUAAAAACAAACUUAUUAUGUACUAUAUGUGAAUCAGUGGAAAACACUUCAUAUAUUGCUGUUACUAUUUAUUAGCAAAAUAUAUUUGUAAUUGUUUAUAAGAAAUAAUACAUAUAUUGUGA